GUUUGCAAACCUUAAAAAGUGGCUUAAAGUCAGCUGGGGGAAAAAAAUUCAGAUAUACGUUGGAAUUGGAGAUACGUCCCCAGAAAAUGUCCUUUUCAAACACUCACCUUCGGGUCCCUCGAGGUUUCAGUUCCGUCUUAGAGGGUCUGGCCCGAGAGGUCCUYCGAGACCAGCCUGAGGACAUCCCUGCAUAUGCUGUGCGAUAUUUCGACGCUCUUUUGAAACAAAGAGAAGAAAGUGGUGUGGACCCUGCUGAGUGGGCUGCCAAGCUGGAAGAUAGAUACAACUAUGACUUUCAGAAUACGGGGACUAGUCCUGAUAAGGAAACAGCAUCAGAGAAAACCAUUUCCAAAGCAAAACUAUACGAGUCCCAAACUGAAGAUGAAUCAAGUCCCUCAGAAGAAGCCUCCUCUCUUUCAAUUACACAACCCUGUGUCUCUGAAAAACCUGAUUCACCUGAAGGCACGGAUGAAGAAGAAAUAAAUAUGGCGAAGAAACUCUCCAUUUCAGGUCAAAAAGAACUCUCGGGAAAUAAAUUGGUUGCAGAUAUUCAGUCAGAUGAAGAAAACACUGCAGACUUGGAAGAAGAUCCAACAAAAAACACACCUGAUGAAGUUGACAGGUCAGAUCCUGAAAGGGAUGACAACCAAAAUGUACCUCAAUUUGACUCAGAUCCCAAUAUUUUAUUGUCACUCAGAGAAAUGUCAAAUGUAGAUGUGACCCCUCAUGAGUUAGACCUGCCUAGUGACGAAGAAGGUGAUCAACAAGAAAGUGAAACUGUAGAUGUGGAGAUUAUAGAUUCAAACAAAGAACAAAACAUGGAAACUGGUAAACCGGUUGAGUUCCGUCCAUUAUCUGGACUAGCUGAUGUGAACAUUUGUGCCACAGAUCUCGAAGGAACACAGGAAACAACCGAGGGAGGCACUGUUCAGGAAAGUACAUAUGUUGUUGAAGGUGACAAAAGUACAACCCCCCAGCUAGAAGAAAAUGUUGAAUUAUCACAGUCAGAAUUGGAGUUUACUCAAAGCAGCCAACAAGAAGAAAAGGAUCAGGCACAGAAAAACCCAGAGGAGGAUCAAACAGAGGCUAAAGCGUCUUAUGAGAAAUCUAAUGAAGGAUUYUCACUUUCUGAGAAUGAUUCUGAUGACAGUGUUAUACCAAAAACUUCUAUGGUUGAGAAUAGCUUUGAAGAUGUUCCAGAAGCUCAGGGCAUUGAUGAAGUCGAGGAGGAAAAACUUCUGGAAGAUGCUACAGUGGAGAUCUUACAGAAUAACAAAUUAGAAACACAACAAAAAGAAGAGUCCAUGGAGCUUACUGCACCUUUGGCAGAUUAUAAUAUAUCUGAUUCAGAAGAUCAGCUUAAAUUUGAAACAGCAAAAGACAAAACGGAGGGCAAUACAGACGAGGAGGAAAUCCAUGCAGCGUGUCCUACAAUGAAGGAAAUGGUGGAUGCAAACGCCUCAAAUCUAAAGGAUAGUGAUGAUGAUGAAAUGGGUGUUAAAGGCAUCAUCUCAUCYGAUCAGCCCACCACAGAGGCAGAAGAUGAAAUUCAAGAACACGAAACAGAUCAUGAAGAUGCUGAGGAAAUAUUUGAGGGGAUAUUGUCCCAAAAUCAAGAACCUAAAAAAACGCAACCAUCGAAAGACCCUGAUUUUGAACAAGAUGAGAUGGCAGACACAAGUGGUGAAGAUGAAGAGAAGGGUUACGCAGAGAUGGGCGAUCGUGAAAACAUUGAUGGCAGCAUGGAAGAAGUUUCAUCACAUGCAACCAAGUCUAACACAUCAAUCAGUAGAAGAGAGACAGAAACCUUUGACCAAGGUUUACCUCUGGAAAACAAGCAAAGCCCCAUAACUGUUGGGAAAUCACAACCAGAGAACAUUUCAGAAGAAACACAGAUUGCAUCAAAGGAAGAAGAGGAAUAUAUGGAGGAAAUGACAGAUUCUUAUGUACAACGAAAUAGCAAAGAAAUGGAGAACGAGGAGAACAUCAUUCUUGCUCAUAGUUCAGACUGGGCAGCUGCUGACUUUGAAGAGGAAGACAGCCCAGAUGAGUCUGAAGAGAACCCUUCUGCAUCUGAUGACAAGGUUGACAAGGAGGAGUGCAGCCGGCCCCAGGAGGAGGAGGACAUCAUGGACAUCCCACUGGAUGACCCCGAGGCUAACAGGGCUGCUGCCAAGAUCCAGGCGGGCUUCCGUGGCCACAUGACCCGUAAGAAGAUGAAGCCAGAGGACAAAACCGAAGGGGAGGAGGUGAGCAGCACUGGGGAUGUGCUCAGCAGCAGCCAGGGGGGCUCAGAGACAGGAAGAUCGAGGGCAGUAGAGAGAGACYACACAUCUGUGCCGGAACAGUGACGCCCCUGUCCUGACCUGGAUGGAAAGGAGGAGGAGGAGGAGGAGGAAGAGAAGGAGAGUUUAAGGUAGUGCGAGAAGUUUGGCUUKAGCUGGUUGAGCUGGCUUUCGGGCACACCUUCUUAAUCCCACACACCCCACACCCCAACCUGAAGUCAUUUUCUUUCUUUUCUUUUUUACACAAGUUAGCUGUAGAAAAUGAACAGUUUCGAGGGUGUGUUAUGUGAAAUUUGUGAACUUUAACACUCCCUCUCUGCUUCUUCAGCAGCCUCAUCAGUGCGGAUYUCUUUGACCCAGAAUUUGCAACUCGCUGCAUGUACUUGUGAAACUUCUGGUACUGUGCUAGUUUUUAGACGAUGAUCUGUGAAUGUGAAAAUGAAUGUCCUCUAAAUGCUAAACAGGGCUUCUUUUGAAUGGAUCAGCGCAUAUACUCUGUGUGCACACCUUGUUAUGCAUCACUUUGAUCAAUUAGUCAAUUAGUGCUUUAUAUUUGUUAUUUGAUGUGCUUGUAUCUUGACAACUAUUUGACUUGCCUACAAAAACAAUUAAAACUUACAAAUCACCAAAAGA